GUAUGAUCCGUGGGAACCUCCCCGUCCUCGUCCUCAUCCCUCAUUAGAUCAGUUGACGUGUCCUGUUCAACGUAUGAGGAAGUACAUGAUUCAGAUACGGGAUUUCCUUGCUGACGCCAGAUCCACCAACAUAAUCGUCCCGGACCGCACUUCUAAGGAGGCACACCUACAGUUUUAUCACAUAUAUGAUCGUUUGUCGACCGUCCUCCAAAAGGAUAGUGUUAAGCUCUUCCUCCGCAUCUACCAGAAGUAUACGUGCAGCUUGGUUUGUGGUUUUGUCAUCACCCCACAAACCCUUGACUUAAUUAUUGCACAGAAUGCACUGCGUUGUGCUAAGCUUGUUUUGGAGGGGAAGUCGCCUAAACUCUGGGGGCAGCGAGCCAACCCCAACUACAUUACCAGCUUUGGGUACUUCCCGCUCCACCAAGCUGCCGAGUCAUUCUCCGUUGGCAUGAUUGAGUUACUGUUUCGUCAUGGUGCAUCGGCCAAUCAGCGCACCUCGGGUGAUAGAAUCGUCGAAGGCCUCCUUCCACUCCAUGUUGCCAUUGAGAACACUUGCCAGCACAAGUAUCUGGAGGAUAAUCUAUUAGCUGAUCAGAACUACUGGAAGGGUAAUGUCGAGUACAUCUACAAGCUCGUACAUCUGCUUUGCCUGCCUGAGAUGAAGAUCUUCUUGGACACCACUAGAUUGCUUGCAACCCACACGGAUAAUGUAGUCGAUGAGCUCUCGAAUUAUAUCAAUCAAGGGAAGCUUGUCCCUGCUGCUAUUUUGCUCCUUGCAGCUCAAAGGCAAUUCCGUAACCUCAAUGGGUUUGAUAUGAUCAAGGAUCGUAUUGGAGAUUAUAUGGUCGCCUUGGGAAGAGAAGGGUGUGGAGUUGAAAGUGGUAAAAAUACCAAGGCAAAAAAGCAUCUGAAGGAUAUGAAAGUGCAUCUUAUUAACGCAUUGCUGCUUGUUAAGAUAAUUCUCAAAGCUGGUGAAGCUCUUGACGGAUAUAUUCAAACUCAUUCAGAGGCAUCUCAUCAGGAGGUCCUUGGAAAAGUUUCAGCAAUUCUCCAGAAUCAUGAUAUCGGUCCUACUGGAAAAGAAUUUUGCAUCGAAGACCUUAACUGCUGCCCCUAUGACUGUGGAUUGCCGAACGGGGACACAGAUUUGACCGAGGCAGCCAUUGGAUCACCUAUUCCAGAAGCAGCAGCGAAAAAAGCUGUGGCAAAGAAACCGCAUGAUAGCCACUGGUAUGCAAGAGAUCAGUUUUUCCCAGUAUGGAGAUCAGUGUUAACAUCUCAGUUUAUUACAAAGGUCAUCCCGCCCUAUGCACCGAAGAAAGAGUUUCCGCUGUAUACUUGUGAUGCUAAUGAUCAUGUGCCCGGUAGCUCCCAGAAGAAGUUGAUUGAUGAAAGGUAUUCUCAUAUUCGUCUUGGCAUGCUGGAGAGAAGUUAUCCGAUAGUAACAAUAGGUCAUCGGAAAUUCCGAAGUAAUCAUCGAUCAAGAAGGCUUUUUGGUACUGCCGCAUCGACUGUCCUUAAGUUGUUGAAGCGCGUAUAA